AUGGUAUCCAAUCCUAGUAAAAAGUUCCAUGAGCAACUCAACGAAUCGUCGAUGAGCGAUUCCAAACUCCUGCUCAAGGUCGAAGAUCUCAUUGCACUUACUUUCGGAACUAGUGACCAAACAAAUGUUAUCAACUUCAAAAUACUGCAGACCAUCCUUAACAUAUUGGCAGGUAAGAUGCGUAUGUUAGAGCAAGAUGUUGAGAUAAGGUUCUCGGAAGAGGAUGAUAUAUUGGCUGAAUUGAAAAUGGCGCACGCAGCAGAAAUGCAAUCAGGAGACGAAGGAAAAAAGGAAGAAGCCAAAAAAGCAGUUAAAGAUGUGAAAGGCGAUAAAACUGAAUCUGAAUCACCUGUAAAACCUGAGAAAGGCAAACCUGGUGAUAAACGAAAACAAACUUCGAAAGGGUCAAAGGGUGACAAGAAAGGAAAGGGGAAGAAAGGUGUUGACGAUAAAAGUACUAAAGCUGAUGCUGGAAAGCAGGCGUCCGUUACCGAGCCAGAACCUCAAACCCGUACCGAUAGUAUCGAGGUGGUGACAGCAUCCCAAUUUAAUUUAUUAGACACCAUGGUCCAACGACUGCUGAAGAGAACAGGAGGCGUGCCUCUACCUACCAUGCCAUCUAAUGAAGAGCUGUUGGCUGAAGUGGCUAAAGGCACUGCUUCGCUACCUGAUACUAUGGAGGCUAUGCAGGUCAAUGCUCGUAUUAGAGCUGUGGAACAUGCCGUAACCAAAAUGGCUAGCCUACUUCAGCAGUUGGCUUCGUCAGGGGCCCUUCCUAACCAAGUUGCCGCAAUUAUCACUUUGAUGCAAAAUGAUCUGCAACAGUUGGCACUUAUGACGGGAAUAGAACCUGAGAAACCGAAACCUAUGAAGAGUGUAGUAAUAGCUGAACCAUCGGGUCUCAAAAGUACUAAGUCGGUUGUUAAGGGUGAAAAAUCAAAAAUGUCAAAAAUGUCGAAAAUGUCAAAGAUGUCAAAGAUGUCACAGAUGUCAAAAAUAUCCGCCCCAACAUCAGAACCAUCUGUUUCCGUAGUAAAGAUUACAGCCGUUACACAUCCGGAGAUGCACGAUGCCAUUAAUACCAUGCGAGAUGAUAUGUUGCAAAAAAUGGACACAUUAACGGCUAAAUCAGAAUAUACAACAGAGCAGGCUAGCCGUGCGGUCAAGGUUCUCGUGGAGAAAAUGGACAUUGCUUUAAAGAUGGAUAGUCGUAUUACCGCUAUACAAGCGAUGACGGAUGAUUAUGCUCUACAGCUGCAGGGAUUUGACGCCGGACUCAAUAGUCAAUUGCAAAACUUUAAGGAGCAAAUGGCGCAACUACGGAAUGAACUUGCUGGAGGUCUUGUACAACUCGAAGCAGCUAACAGCAACGCAGAAAGUGCUGCAUUGAUUGACCUCAAAUCGAAUUAUGAGAACCUACUGCUCGGCAUGGAUCAGACAAGGAACAAUCAUGGGUCGCUAGUCGCGCAACAAAAAAAUCUCACAGGUGAACUAAAGAGUCUGGUUGAAAGUGUGGAGUUGCUGCGUGAAGAUAAGGCAGAUUGUGAUGAAGUGGCAGACGGCCUAAGGGACAAGGCUAACAUAAACCGUCUGAAAGGGCUCCUUCGUCAGCCACAAUUCGAAGAGACUCGCAAAAAUCUUGAACAUCGUCUCAACUUAUCCUACGACAAGUUUUACAGACAGGAUCAAACAUGGACGACUAUCAUAAAGGAUUUAAACGAGCUAACUGCAACCAAGGCCAGCAUCUUGGACCUUUUAUAUCUGAGGGAAUACACAACAAAGGCUUUCAACGAACAUUUCAAGUUGUUGCACAGGUUGGAAUACGCACUUGGCGAACCUAAGACCGCAUUGCUGACACGCAACUUAGCCGGGCCGGGCAUGGUGCCGGCAAUUAAGGAAAAAGAUGAGAAGCGAAGCCACGUUCCGCCUAAGCUGCCGGCCUGGGGGAUGGGAAAUGAGGCAGAAGAGCCUUGUAUACCUGUUCCUGUCAAGACAGACGGAGAUGCAGCCAGAAAGCACGUGUGCCGGCGAUGGGUGGGUGGCUCACACACCCUGUUGUCGGAGCACGUAACGCAAGAGCAUGCCACUCCAGCGCUGGUCAAUGAAAUCCCCACCAAACAGUACACUGGCUUGGGGAGCGAUGGACGCCUGUACUUAAUGGAAGAGGAGUUGCAGCCAUGCAUUGAGUGCAAUAAGUUAUCAUCGGAAGAGGCGCCCCCUCCUUCUGAGGACGGCGGUGGUGACACAGCCUGA